AAUUUUUAGUUUUCUAUUUUUAAUCCAAACAAAAAUGUUUGUAAAUACAAUAGCAACAAGAAAAUAUUUGUUGUAUAAUUGGCAUCAACGCUUCAUUUUUGUUAAUUAUUUUUGUGUUAAUUCAAAAAAAUUGGAAUAUGAUGUUGUAAUUGUUGGAGGUGGUCAUGCAGGAUGUGAAGCAGCAGCUGCUGCAUCUCGUAAAGGUGCAAAGUCAUUGUUGAUUACACAAUCAAAAGCUACCGUUGGAGCAAUGUCGUGUAAUCCAAGUUUUGGAGGAAUUGGGAAAGGUCAUUUAAUGAGAGAAAUUGAUGCAAUGGAUGGAAUAUGUGCUCGAUUAUGUGAUGAUACUGGCAUUCAUUUUCAUGUUCUUAAUAGAAGCCAUGGACCUGCAGUUAUUGGUUUACGUGCUCUUAUUGAUAGAAAACUUUACAAAAAGGCUAUGCAAAAAGAAAUAUUUGAAAACACACCAAAUUUGGACAUUAUAGAAUCAACAGUAGAAGAUUUAAUAAUUGUAGAAGCUACUUGUUCAACUAAAAAUAAUUUUACACAUAAACUUGUUGGUUGUAUUAUUAAAAAUGGAAUUAAUAUUUAUUCUCCCUCAAUUAUUAUUACAACUGGGACUUUUCUUAAAGGAGAACUUAAUUGGGGUGGUAAAUCUGUGCCAGGUGGUCGGAUGGGAGAAGGGCCGAGUAGUGGACUAGCAGAAACCUUUGCCCGUCUCGGAUUCAAAACAGGAAGAUUAAGUACAGGAACACCUCCACGUUUAUUAUCUUCAACAAUAAAUUAUGACAAAUUUACAAAACAAUUAACAGACGAAGAACCUAUUCCUUUUUCUUAUUUAAAUUCUCAAGUUGGAAUACCAAAAGAAUUGCAAGUUGCUAGUUAUGUUGGUUAUACAAAUGAUAAUUUAGUUAAAAUUGUUAGAGAAAAUAUUGAUGAAAAACAUUCGUUAAUUAGUGCUUUAAAUGAAGGGAUUAAAGGUGGGUUUGAAUGAUUAUUCUUUUAUUUUACUGGCAAAAUGCCUUUGUUUUUACUAACAUUCCAAAGUUGGAUAUAUCCUCAUUUUAUGUCUUUUUUUCAAAUUUCAUGACUUUGAGUUGCCGAUUUCACCUCGGAUUAACAGAAGAUUUUCGGGUGGUUUCGAUUGACCAGAAAAAUUUUUGAUAAGCAGACAACCCUAUUUGUCCAAUGCAUUUGAGGAAUUUCAAGCCCUUUGAUUUAAUUUACUCUUCAUUAUAAGGAACGGUUUUUUUCUGUUUUAAAUGGUAUUUAAAAAAUAAGGUUUUUGGAAAAAAAAUUUUUUUGAGCAUCUUUUCUUUUAAACAGAUUUUUUAAAUAAUUUUCUAUUAAGAAAUAAUUUUAUCCUUUUAUACAAAUUUAUUAUCCACACAAUUUUGAACAGGAAAAAAAUACGGCACAAAUUAUUUACAAUUAUAUACUAGAAAAUAGCGGGACAAAAAAGGCUAUAUCUAUCUAUUUUUUAUUUAUCUUCUUUCAACCUUCUUAUUUUUUCCUCAUCUUUUUACACACCUAAUUUUGUCUGUUUUAUCUCUUUUCUCAUUUAGAACAAGCAAAACAACAAACAGAAUAGCAGAUAUAGAGAAUAGCACAAAUAAUUAUAACCACCGCCCAGAAGGCACCAUCAUCAGAUCUUUUGUAGAUUAUUUUGAUGCCAGGGUCCGUUAUAAUUUCGGGCAGAGAAUUGUUGUUGUUAUCAUUGUUGUUCUCGGGUGCAGUGGAAUUGUUGAUUGGAAAAGUGUCGUUGGUGUUGGUAGUGACGAGGCUUUGAUUCAACUGGAAAUGGAAAGAAAUUUUUUUUGAGGAUUUUGAUAAUUGUGUAGUUUCCCUCCCAUAAGGAAGCUUAACUAAAAUUAGACAAGCAAAAAACUUUCUAUCGAGAUUUUGAUAUUUGUGCAGUUUCCCUCCCAUAAGCCCCGCCCCUGUUAU